AUGAAGACAAAAUUAAAAAAAUACUUUAGAAUUGAUCAAUUAUUGGCAUCCUCCUCAAAACUAUCAAAAGAUGAUGCACAAUUAAUUAACAACAAGUUUUUAGAAGCCAUUUCUCAAAUUAAACCUAGUAUUUCUACUGCACAAGAAACUGAUAAGGAUGAGACUGAAAAAAAGAAAAUAGUAGAAAAGAGGAGAUGUUAG